AUGGCGUACAAAAAAGAUCACACUUGGCAAAAGAACACAAUUUCUCUUGCCAAAUGUGACCUUUGUUGUACAUCACCCAUCGCCCUGUAUCGAAAAGUGCGCGCGAACUGGAUCCAGGUCAUCGCCCUGAAUCCAGCUGAAAGAGAACCAGGCCGCUCCAGAUCGCAGAAGAUCGUGGCCAUACGUCGUCAGGCACCGAAGCUGCGGCGGCUCCUUAUCAUCAAGCUGACAGGCAGAGGAUGGAGCGUACAUUCCCGACCAAUCUCACCAGUCCAGGCCCGCACCAUCAGCGGUAAGGCAACCCUGCUUGUGGCUGCCGCCGCGGCGCUGAUGUGCCUCUCCUUCGUCGGCGUCCGGACCGUGCUUGCGUCAUCUUCUGGGGUCGACACCACGGCCACCAGCGAGGAAGCCUCGGCGGCCGGGGCGGAAGUGACAGCGGUGGCGGAUGGCGGCGCUGCCAUUGUUGUUGCUGAGGGGGAGGUAGUCCCCGCGUCGCGGCGUCACCUUGCGACAGCUUGUACGGCGUACACCGGCUACAUCGCGUACCGCGACAUUGACCGAGACGGUGACGACAUCGGCAACUACGGCUCCGCCUCCAGCGCGUUGGCCGCCUGCAACCGAAACCCCAGCUGCGUCGCCUUCAACAGCCAGGGCUGGGCAAAGCGCAGCGCCACGCCCGCUAUGCCGUAUGGGGGUUUGUGUCUAUGGGUGAAGAGGAGCAGCAUGGGCGCGUACUCAGGCGCAUGUGCGGGUGGCCCGCCGGCCCAGCCAACCCAGUUCUACCCUGGAAGCGCCAUUCAGGCGCUCACUGACCUGGUGCAGGACUACUGUUACUCCAACAGCGGCGCCAAGUGUGAUGAAAUCGAUUUCAUGGGGACUACGAAUUGGUAUCAGGAGUACUUCUACGAUUUUCCGUCACUCAGCAACAACACCUGCAACACCCAGAUGGUGCUCACCCCCGCCUCGGACGCGCCCAGGGCGGCCUCGCGCAGCGUGCUGACCUGCCGGCCCAACCCCACCAGCGAGGGCGUCUGCACCUUCUCGCCCCGGCUGGAGACCGCGUCCUCGGUGGCGGUGACUCAGGCGAGGGGCUACAGCGACCAGUUCAAGGCGGGUGUAGUCACCAAGGUCACGGCGACCUUCGGCGCCAUGGAGGCCACGAUGGAGUCGACCUUCGACUUCGCGUUCAGGUAG